GCCAACAGGAUUUUCUUUCCCAUUUCAGCUCUCACUUUCUCUCUCUCUCGCUCUCUACGAUUUGCUUUCUAAACAAACUCUUUCACUCCCACAAUUCCUACGAUUCCGCAGACAUGUACCCGAACCCGUCUUCCUCAUCCUUAUCGUCCCAAAAGCCCAUGGGCCCCACCGGCCUCACCCGGUACGGUUCGGCCCCGGGCUCCCUCCUAACCACGGCCGUCGAUUCCGUCAUCGGACCCAACCGCGAAUUCUCGGCCCUUCGAUCGCCAUCCUCCCUUAUGGGCCACCCCCAGUACUUCUCGGCCGACUCGUCUUCCAUCACCUCCGAGUCAACCUGCAGGGUCAAUUCCUCCGACGAUCCCAAACAACAGCAGCAGCAGCAGCAGCAGCAGCAGCAGCCGCAGCCGCACAAAGGGUUACAGAGAUCUUACGGUCUGAAUGAGAUGGCCGUCGUUGGGGAUUUCGCAACGGCUAGUAAUUUCAGAAGUGGCGGUGGAUCUUCUGCUCCCUCGUCUUUGGUCCGCCAGAGAAGCUCUCCUGCUGGGUUUCUUAGCCAUCAGCUCGCUUCUGCUUCUGAUAACGGCUUUCCAGUUACAAGGGGAUCUGCAGGCUACAUGUCAAAGGGUGGCUCUAAUGGUGGACACGGAGUAUCAAGGUUGAACUCUCAAUUAAGCUUCACAAGGCAAGAUUCUCUUUCUCAGAUCUCGGAGGUAAGUGAGGAUGUCAUUGAUGGCAUUAGCUCUGACAAUGGCCACCAAAAUGCUAGGCAUUCUUAUGCCACUAAUAGCUUUGGAAUGGACUCCUGGGACAACACAAAUUCUAUAAUAUUUUCAGCCCCGCAUAGCAAACGAGCUAAAAAUCUUGACGGAGAGAUGUUCCACUGUUUGCAUGCUUUAGAAACUCAGUUUAGCAUGCCACAGACAACUCUUGAGAUGGCCACCGUGGAGAAGCUAAUUCAUAUCCCUGAAGACUCUGUUCCAUGUAAAAUUCGCGCUAAACGUGGCUGUGCGACUCACCCCCGAAGCAUUGCUGAAAGGGAGAGAAGAACCAGAAUCAGUGGGAAAUUGAAGAAACUACAAGACCUUGUCCCUAACAUGGAUAAGCAAACCAGUUACUCAGACAUGUUGGACUUGGCAGUUCAACACAUCAAAGGCCUUCAAAAUCAAGUUCAGAAGCUCCAGAAGGAACUUCAGAAUUGCAGCUGUGGAUGCAAACAAACCACGUAACGUUUGCUAACUGGAAAUAUAUGAUAGAGAGGUUUUCCAUUGGAGUAAAAUAUCUUGUGAAAGAUUGUAGGGCGGCCGAAGCUAGAUUCACUUUGAUACCUUACCAAGUUCGAUCUAGUGUUGCAGCAGUGAAACCAGAUGUAUAUAAUGCAGGAAAACUAUUGUCUCCUACUCCGUCUGGGAAAAAGAUGGGUGUAUCUGUUUCAGUAAAGGAAAUUGUAUAGAAUGUAGUUCAAUUUCCUUAACCUUGAUCUUUUUUUGUACAUCCAUUUGGUAUAUGCUUUAAUUUAGAUGAGGGAUUGGUUGGUUGGUGCAUAUGAAAUGCAACAGCCUCGUUAAAAUGUACCAUUGCUUAUGUUUAUUGAGCUUCUAUUUUGACA